UUAUUUUUUAUAUAACAACAUACCAUUAUGCCAGAAAAUAAAGAAGAAGAAAAACCUGUUGUUGCGAAGACAGCAAUUGAUUUGCAACGACUAAAACUUCAAAAAUUAAUGAAAAAUCCAGAAAAGCCUAUUAUAUUACCAGAACGGUCUAAAGCUAAGAGCACACCUACUGUACCAGAGUUUGUUCGUAAUGUAAUGGGUAGUAGUGCUGGUGCUGGUAGUGGAGAAUUUCAUGUAUACAGACAUUUAAGACGUAAAGAAUAUGCACGACAAAAAUUUAUUCAAGAAAAGGGUCACAAGGAACUUUUAGAUGCAGAAUAUCAUAGAAAAAUUGAAGAAAAUAAAAGGAUAGCUGAAGAAAUAACUGCAAAAAAAAGAGCAAAAAGAUUAAAGAAGAAACAAAAAUGGAAACAAAAGAAACAUAUAAAAAUUACAAAUGUAGAACAUCAUUGCAAGAAUGAAAACAGUAAUUCAGAUGAAGAAAAUUCAGAUGAACAAGAGACAAAUAAUAAAAAUGAUAAUAAAUUUGGAAGUAUAUCUAAUACUGAACUUGAGGAUACAUUAAGGUUAAAAGACUUACAUGAAAAUCAAUCCGAUCAAACGAAUUCUCUUACUUUUCUAUGUAAAUAUAUGCUUUAUAUACUGUAUACACAAUUGGUAUUACAACUUCAAUUAUUGGAUACACAUGAAUAUGUAUAA